CACUUUUGAAAGACGGCGAACAGCAAAAUGGCUCCUGGCAUACAAAAGUCGAUCCUUGUCAGACGUUUUGAAGGAAAUUAAAGCUCUCUCUAAGAGAAUCACAGUGAUAAAAUAUCGCUCCAUUAUGAAAUUACUUUAUUCAAAGAGGUAUCGCAAAUUUCUCUUUAUGGUUGGAGUUUUGUUCUUCUACUUCUGCUACCGAUCCCGUCAUCAUUUUAAUCGAAACCAAUCUCAAGGUAUGGCAAACGAUGACGUCAUAAGGAAAUCCCGUGAUGUCAACCAGAAGCUCACCAAGUCACAAUGUACAGCGAUGUUAUCAUGCUUAACAAACGGCACAUGGACUAUGAAAAAGGGUCUUAAAUCUGAAGAAAUCCGAAAGCGAAGCGACAUAGAUGCAUACGUGCUUGAGUAUCAAGGUUGGCCAAGAAAAUUAAGUCGGUCAGACUUGAAAUGCGGAAGGAAAUAUGGUCCCGUUGGACAAGAGAACGGCAUAUCCAUUUGCGACGGACAAAGUGAACAUCCAUGCUGCAACGAGGACAAAGAAGCUUGUGGCAACACCCCAGAAUACUGCAACUGCGAAUCAUGUACAAAUUUCACUAAGUAUCUUCCUGCGGAAUUAGCGGAAUGGAAUGUCUAUGACAAAGAGGURGCUGGAAGCCCUACUGAUAGCCAAUACCAACUCAGUGCUAUCAAACAGAGACACUGGCAGAACAAUACCAGAAACAUACAAACCAUUACUUAA